AAAGACUUGCUUCCAAGCCAAAACUCCAAUAUAAAAAAAAACACAUCCUUAUUAUACCUACAUAAAAAAGUCAUCAAAUUUUCUCUCUUUCAAAACCAGCACGUGCAGACGCUCGCGACUAUCUUACAUUUUAUAAUAAAAUAUUAGGAUAAGUAGUAAAAAUGCCGUCAGACGCCAAAAGAAGGGCCCAGCAAAAAAAGAAAGAGUUGGCUACUAACAGAAACAAAAAGGCUGUGCCUCGAGUAAAUAAUUCAGAACAUAAUGGUACAACCAAUGGCACUACAAAAGAAGAACGAAUACUCACUGCUGAAGAGGCAUUAUGUCUCAAGUUGGAAGAAGAAGCCAAGAUGAACUCGGAAGCAAGGUCAUGUACUGGCUCUUUAGCAGUGCAUCCUCGUUCCAGGGACAUCAAAAUAGCCAAUUUCUCUAUCACAUUCUAUGGUAGUGAACUGCUACAAGAUACCCUACUCGAGUUGAAUUGUGGACGAAGAUAUGGUUUAGUUGGGCUCAAUGGUUGUGGCAAAUCAUCGUUGCUCUCGGCGUUGGGUCGCCGCGAGGUUCCCAUACCAGAACAUAUCGACAUCUUCCAUCUGACUCGUGAGAUGCCGGCUUCCGAUAAGACCGCUCUGCAAUGCGUCAUGGAGGUCGACGAGGAAAGGGUCAAGCUGGAGAAGUUGGCCGAGGAACUGGCGCAGUCCGAUGACGACGAGUCCCAAGAGCAAUUGAUGGACGUGUACGAUCGUCUGGAGGAGCUGAGCGCUGAUACAGCGGAGGCGCGCGCCGCCAACAUCCUGCACGGUCUCGGAUUCACUAAGGAUAUGCAGCAGAAGGCCACCAAGGACUUCUCUGGAGGAUGGCGCAUGCGCAUCGCUCUGGCCCGCGCGCUGUAUGUGAAACCUCACCUGCUGCUGCUCGAUGAGCCAACCAACCAUCUCGAUUUGGAUGCCUGUGUAUGGCUUGAAGAGGAGUUAAAACACUACAAACGUAUACUGGUGUUGAUAUCGCACUCGCAAGAUUUCCUGAAUGGUGUGUGCACAAACAUAGUACACAUGAGCAAGAGGCGGCUCAAGUAUUACACUGGUAACUACGAGGCGUUCGUGCGCACGCGCAUGGAACUACUCGAGAACCAGAUGAAGCAAUACAACUGGGAGCAAGAUCAAAUCGCUCACAUGAAGAAUUACAUAGCUCGGUUUGGACACGGUUCUGCUAAGCUGGCUCGUCAGGCACAGUCCAAAGAGAAGACUUUGGCCAAAAUGAUCGCCCAGGGCCUCACGGAAAAAGUGGUCGACGACAAGACACUCAACUUUUACUUCCCCUCUUGUGGGAAAGUUCCUCCACCUGUGAUUAUGGUUCAGAAUGUAUCGUUCAGGUAUGCUGACAAUGGUCCAUGGAUUUAUAAGAACCUCGAGUUUGGUAUCGACCUCGACACACGACUAGCGCUUGUUGGCCCCAACGGAGCUGGGAAAUCUACUCUACUGAAAUUAUUAUAUGGCGAUUUGGUACCAUCAACGGGCAUGAUCCGUAAAAACUCGCAUCUGCGCAUCGGACGGUACCACCAGCAUCUUCAUGAGCUACUUGAUCUUGACUUGUCACCUCUGGAAUAUAUGAUGAAAGAGUUCCCGGAGGUCCGCGAACGUGAGGAAAUGAGGAAGAUAAUAGGCAGAUACGGGCUUACUGGCAGGCAGCAGGUGUGCCCAAUGCGACAGCUGUCGGACGGGCAGCGUUGCAGAGUUGUGUUUGCGUGGCUGGCCUGGCAAACCCCACAUCUGCUGCUCUUGGACGAACCGACUAACCACUUGGAUAUGGAGACAAUCGAUGCCCUCGCGGACGCCAUCAACGAAUUUGAAGGCGGCAUGGUGCUUGUUAGUCACGACUUUAGACUAAUUAAUCAGGUCGCAGAAGAAAUUUGGAUAUGCGAAAACGGAACAGUCACAAAAUGGGAGGGUGGCAUUUUGAAGUAUAAAGAUCAUCUUAAAUCCAAGAUUUUAAAGGAUAACGCAGACAGUGCGUCUAAAAUACGGAAAUAGUGAAAUGCUUAACUGAUAUUAGUCUAUUAUAAACGACUAUCUCGGUGCUAGACGCCUACACAAAUACAAUAAUAAAUGUAUAAAAAUACAUAAAUAGAUAACUUGGAUUGGAUUCAGUUGUUCUUAUGUUCAUUAAUAAUGUUCUUUUUUUUAUAUAUAUCUUAUGAAUAAAAAGUUUUUUCAAGUUUA